AUGUACGAAGGGAUUGACAGCCUGAAAUCCCUUUACGACCGUGCCGGGAAGACUUUCUCCGGCGGCCCUUCUGCGGCACCGGAUGUGCCGCGUCGUACUGCUCGACCAGACCCAGUACGUCAAUCAACAGUUGGGAGCGGCGCUCCCAAGUAUCCCAGGACGGGGGAUAACCGCGCCACCGGACGAGAUAACUCGUCCGACGUCCGUUCACAUCGCGGUGGUUCAACAGCCGCUCAACCAGAUAGUGCUGGCCACCGCAAGAGUCCUCUAAUGGAGGUGGAGGAGAAGGGAAAUGAUCUCCAAACUUUCGUGGGGAAGCGUGUAUCCCCGAGAGCCUCUUUGAUCGCGUAA